AACAGCGCGACAUAGAACCAAUAGCAAUACCACCAAAGUCGCUACCCAGGCAUGCGCAAGAGAGAACAAGAGGCGAGCGCGCGGGGACUGGAGGUGCGCGCGCCGGGAGUUGCUCUUUCCUCGAGCGCGUUGCUGCUGCCGCCUUCAACCGUCUCCGCCCGGGAAACUCAGCUUUGUAGAGGUGUUGAAAAGCGCUUGUCUUGCAUGUCUCUGCUCUGGCUAUUCUUCUUUUCCAUUGCCCGAAUUCUCUCAGCUCCACGAAGACCUAUACAGUGUGGAUAUGGCAUCAAAACUUGUAUCAAUCGCUUAUCCCCCGUGUUUGGGAUCGGAUGUUAGCAUUGGUGGUAAAUCAAAGAGCCCUUUCAGAAGUCUGGACACUGAAAUCUAUCUAUAUCGAGAUAUAGAGUGUAUAGACAAAGAGAAGAUUAGAAAAGCUCAACAGAGUUUGAAGGUUUAUCAAAAGAGCACAAUUUCAUCAAGGGCAAGGUCUCGAAAAGCUCUUAAAAAGCUAGAAGCAGCUAUUGAAAGAGAGACACAAGGAGAUAUAGAACAAGAGCUUCCUGCUCUGAAUUGGGCUCUUGCUUUUGCACAAUGUUGUAAAAGUGAUAAGCAGUCUAUAACAGAUUACAUCAGUGAACAAAAAGAGCUGUUUCUACUCGAGUAUGCAGUAAAAAUAAAACAAUGCACCAUAUCGAAGAUGGAGGAAUUGGCAGCAAAGGAAGAGAGGAGGGUCAGAAUUGCUGAAACAAAACUAGAAGAAGAUACAAUUGCAUUUGAGGAGUAUCUCAAAGAAAAUGAUAGAAGUUCUGUAGAGGCCCUUAAAUUGGCAACUCAGGAAGCAAAAUCUAAAAUGGAAGUUACAGCAGAUGUGAAGUCAGCGAUGAGUGAACUGUUUUCACUGAAAAGCGAUAUUGCAAACACUGAAGAUCUUCUAAGGCACUAUUUAUUCUAUGAAGCUUUUUUGUUGAGUGUUUCCCCUAAAGAAUGGCAAGAACAGCAAGUGGGGAAAAAGAAGAAGAAAGAGAAGCAGAAAGAAACUUCCCAGUCUUUUCUUUCUGUUCAUGUUAAUGAGAAACCUAAACUAAGUGCAACAUCGUCUCUCUUAUUACGCCAUAAGCUAAGCAAAUGGGCUAAAGGCAAACCACCUAGCAAAAAAGCAGUAACUGGGAAAUCAGUCUCAGUAAUUUCUGAUCGCACUGAGAGGAGGAAAAGCCAAGGAGCUGACUAUAGAUUUUUUAGAAGGCAAUCAAGAAUAGCACUGGGCCAAAGAUCAUCCUCGGAUAAGAGAAGAAAAUCAUUACCAAGCUAUCCAAGUGAAAGAAGCAUCGGUUCAGAGGAUGAAUAUUCCUUGGAUGAUAUAAACAGUGAUGAGGAGCCAUAUAUCUGUUUCAAACACCCACAAGAGUUACUUCAGAUAUUCACACAACUUGAGGAACAAAAUCUGUCAUUGUUUCAGACCAUUCAGGAUAUUAGUGCAACACUGGAAGACAAUCAGCAGAGAGAUCUCCUUAUUACAGAGGAAAGGGAAGAAAUAAUAAAGAACCUGAUAGAUGAAAAGGAAGCUCUUAUAACUGCUUGCAUCAAAGAAGAGGAGAAAAGUGUGGAAUUGGCAUUAAAAGCCAAGGUGUUUUCUUCAGGAGAAUAUAAUUCAUCAGACAUGGAUAAAAUAUUGGAUACACUUAAUAAAAAAGUAGCUGAAGUAUAUAAAGCUUGCCCUGGAGCCAAAGAAGUAUCUAGCCUGACCACAUUUCAGAUGCUGAAAAGAAUAGAAUAUCGAGUUUCAGAACUGAGUGAGAUGUUGGAAACUCUUCCAAAAGAGUAUCUUGAUGUUAUUGAUACAAUUGAAAAACUUAGGCUGAAAGAAAGACGACACAAAGCACAUGAAGAUAAGCUGGAAGAUCUGAAGAGAAUGCAGGAAGAACGAUUGAAGGCUGCUCUUGCAAGAGCAAUUGCAGCACCAAAGAAAAGGACUGGAAGAAAACUGGUAUAUCGCUCAGAACCUACAAAGACUAAACAGGGAGAGGAAGAUGCUGUUGAUCUAACUACAAAAAGUGAAGAUGAUUACUAUUUUACUUGAUCUUGUUACAUGACAUUUCUUUUAGGAAUU